UUCUUCCAUUCUGUUUUGGACAUGCGCGGGGCGUAAGGCGCUUUGGUCAGAGUGGUUUGAUGGUUUUGUGUCAGUCUUCCUACAGCUGAGCUUCCACAAGACACUUUUUCCCUUUCAGCCACCCCAGAUAUCGCGAGACUUGCUAUUCUGCUUCCCCCAGCCCCCCCACCUUGCGCCUGCGCAGGUCUUCAAAGCAGAAGGUCGCGCUUGGAGGAAGUGGCGGCUUUGAGUCCCGUGGCCCAAGCGCUGUUACUACUUCUCUGAAGCUCCUCUCGGUUGCUUGCCGAGACACCCUGCCGCCAAGAUGCCUCGAAUUAUGAUCAAGGGGGGCGUAUGGAGGAAUACCGAGGAUGAAAUUCUGAAAGCAGCAGUAAUGAAAUAUGGGAAAAACCAGUGGUCUAGGAUUGCCUCAUUGCUGCAUAGAAAAUCAGCAAAGCAGUGCAAAGCCAGAUGGUAUGAAUGGCUGGAUCCAAGCAUUAAGAAGACAGAAUGGUCCAGAGAAGAAGAGGAAAAACUCUUGCACUUGGCCAAGUUGAUGCCAACUCAGUGGAGGACCAUUGCUCCAAUCAUUGGAAGAACAGCGGCUCAGUGCUUAGAACACUAUGAAUUUCUUCUGGAUAAAGCUGCCCAAAGAGACAAUGAAGAGGAAACAACAGAUGAUCCACGAAAACUUAAACCUGGAGAAAUAGAUCCAAAUCCAGAAACAAAACCAGCGCGGCCUGAUCCAAUUGAUAUGGAUGAGGAUGAACUUGAGAUGCUUUCUGAAGCCAGAGCCCGCUUGGCUAAUACUCAGGGAAAGAAGGCCAAGAGGAAAGCAAGAGAGAAACAAUUAGAAGAAGCAAGACGUCUUGCUGCCCUCCAAAAAAGAAGAGAACUUCGAGCAGCUGGCAUAGAAAUUCAGAAGAAAAGAAAAAGGAAGAGAGGAGUUGAUUAUAAUGCUGAAAUCCCAUUUGAAAAAAAGCCUGCCCUUGGUUUUUAUGAUACUUCCGAGGAAAACUACCAAGCUCUUGACGCAGAUUUCAGGAAAUUAAGACAACAGGAUCUUGAUGGGGAGCUAAGAUCUGAAAAAGAAGGAAGAGAUAGAAAAAAAGACAAACAGCAUUUGAAAAGGAAAAAAGAAUCUGAUUUACCAUCAGCUAUUCUUCAAACUAGUGGUGUUUCUGAAUUUACUAAAAAGAGAAGCAAACUAGUACUUCCUGCCCCUCAGAUUUCAGAUGCAGAACUCCAGGAAGUUGUAAAAGUAGGCCAAGCGAGUGAAAUAGCACGUCAAACUGCCGAGGAAUCUGGCAUAACAAACUCUGCUUCCAGUACACUUUUGUCUGAGUACAAUGUCACCAACAACAGCAUUGCUCUUAGAACACCACGAACGCCAGCCUCCCAGGACAGAAUUCUGCAGGAAGCCCAGAACCUCAUGGCCCUCACCAAUGUGGACACCCCAUUAAAAGGUGGACUUAAUACCCCGUUGCAUGAGAGUGACUUCUCAGGUGUAACUCCACAGCGACAAGUUGUACAGACUCCAAACACAGUUCUCUCUACUCCAUUCAGGACUCCUUCUAAUGGAGCUGAAGGGCUGACUCCCCGGAGUGGAACAACUCCCAAACCAGUUAUUAACUCUACCCCGGGUAGAACUCCUCUUCGAGACAAGUUAAACAUUAAUCCCGAGGAUGGAAUGGCAGACUAUAGUGAUCCCUCUUACGUGAAGCAGAUGGAAAGAGAAUCUCGAGAACAUCUCCGUUUAGGGUUGUUGGGCCUUCCUGCCCCUAAGAAUGAUUUUGAAAUUGUUCUACCAGAAAAUGCCGAGAAGGAGCUGGAAGAACGUGAAAUAGAUGAUACUUACAUUGAAGAUGCUGCUGAUGUGGAUGCUCGAAAGCAGGCCAUACGAGAUGCAGAGCGUGUAAAGGAAAUGAAACGAAUGCAUAAAGCUGUCCAGAAAGAUCUGCCAAGACCAUCAGAAGUAAAUGAAACUAUUCUAAGACCCUUAAAUGUAGAACCGCCUUUAACAGAUUUACAGAAAAGUGAAGAACUAAUCAAAAAAGAAAUGAUCACAAUGCUUCAUUAUGACCUUCUACAUCACCCUUAUGAACCAUCUGGAAAUAAAAAAGGCAAAACUGUAGGGUUUGGUACCAAUAAUUCAGAGCACAUUACCUAUCUGGAACAUAAUCCUUAUGAAAAGUUCUCCAAAGAAGAGCUGAAAAAGGCCCAGGAUGUUUUGGUGCAGGAGAUGGAAGUGGUUAAACAAGGAAUGAGCCAUGGAGAGCUCUCAAGUGAAGCUUAUAACCAGGUGUGGGAAGAAUGCUACAGUCAAGUUUUAUAUCUUCCUGGGCAAAGCCGCUACACACGGGCCAACCUGGCUAGUAAAAAGGACAGAAUUGAAUCACUUGAAAAGAGGCUCGAGAUAAACAGGGGUCACAUGACGACAGAAGCCAAGAGAGCUGCAAAGAUGGAAAAGAAGAUGAAAAUUUUGCUUGGGGGUUACCAGUCUCGUGCUAUGGGGCUCAUGAAACAGUUGAAUGACUUAUGGGACCAAAUUGAACAGGCUCACUUGGAGUUACGCACUUUUGAAGAACUCAAGAAACAUGAAGAUUCUGCUAUUCCCCGGAGGCUAGAGGUAACGUUAUAUAUUGAACUGUUGCUUAAAAAGAGUGCUGCAAAGAAUCAUCAGAGCUGUCCUCUUUUACUUCUCCUAUGUAGACUGUCUCUGAAGUUGGUACUGUCAGGCUUUUAAAAAUGAGUGCCUAAAGUGUUUGACUUUCUAAUCUAGAAUUGCCUCUGUGUAGAUGGAUAGACCAGGCAAGUUGUAGAUACAAAGGCCUCCCCUUACUCAUUUUCUGUUUCAUAUGUAGAUACACUGUGAAAUGGAUACUUAGCCCUUGUAAUUUGUCCCCUUGAAACUUAAUUGCAUCCCAUUCAUGUAGCUCUGUGAGGGGAAACUAAACCAGUAUCUUUUUUGUUUUAUAACUUAGGUUACUGGGAACAUAGCUAGUCCUCCUAAACCAUCAAAUUCCUUUGACCAGGUUUGGAUUGAAUUUAUCUCCCAAAUGUGCAUAAUAGCUCCUGUCCAGCUAAAGGGCAGUCAGGGCUUCUUGAAGUGUAUUUGAGGGUAUUGUUAAGACAUAGUGGUUUGUUUAUUUGAAGUAGCAGCAGGAUUUCAUAUGACCAAAGAAUGGCUGUGAUACUGGUUUUAUAGCAAAAGUAUUUGAUAUGUUUGUUUCUCUUUGAGAAAUAUUUACCUCUUAAGAAUCAUGAUUUAAUUCAGCUGGUUUUUAAGAUAGUAAAGUACUGUAGAUUUUUUUCAGUAUAGUUUACAUCUAAAAUAAUUACUUUUUUCUUCUUUAAGUGUCUAAAAGAAGACGUUCAGCGACAGCAAGAAAGAGAAAAGGAACUUCAACAUAGAUAUGCCGAUUUGCUGCUGGAGAAAGAGACUUUAAAGUCAAAAUUCUGAAGUACAGUUUAUAUUCUGUCACAGGAUUAAUUAAUUGCCGGUUUUCAUACUCUAGAAGGCUGAAACUGAUGUUUAUCUUCAUUGACAAAUUUACCCACCAUCUGUGGUUUUUCAGUUGUUUAUUUUAAAUGAUAUCGAUCUUACACAUUCUGUGUAUAAAGACGUUAACUCCACAGGACGGACAUUUUAGAGUUUAAAUUAUUAAGGCUAUCAUUCUUUUAGCAAUGUCACAUUUGCAAACUUUUUUAGUUUUGGCCUUUAAUUUAAAAAGCCUAAUUUUAAAGUGCUGCCUGUGAGUAACUCUUGAAUAAAAACAAAAUAUAAAAAAUUGA